UGACGAGGCUCAGAGGGCUGGACUCUACUUGAUAAUCUGGCCUCGUCCACCGCCUGCACGUCUGCUCUGCUGGCCGUUUUGCCGCUUUACGGAUUUCUCUUCGGGCAGGCGCCAUGAAGCUGCCACCGGUGCUGCUGGCAGCUCUGCUGCUGUCCCAAAGCUGGGCUUUUGAGUUCAUUAUUGAUGGAGAGUGGGAAAGUGAGAUGAUGUCAGAUCAUGUGGAUCAUUUUGACAGCAGCAGAAUCAGGAGGGGCCUAGUGACCAGUGAAGAGGAAGAGGACUUUGAGGUCAUACGUGGUAGUGAUAUAACAGUGAAGAGCUAUACGGUGGAGAGCAGGAUUACGGCACGUUUCGCUCACACCACAGUGAAGAGCUCGGUGGUGAACUCAGGCCCGAACGCCCAGAGCAUCGGCUUCAACGUGCAGAUUCCAAAACGAGCCUUCAUCACAAACUUCACCAUGAAUGUGAACGGGAUUACCUUUAUUGGCUCGGUGAAAGAGAAGACUGUGGCUCGAAACCUGUACGCUCAGGCCAGAGCUCGCGGAAAAGCUGCAGGAAUCGUCAGGACUAACUCUCAGGAUAUGGAGACAUUUAAGACAGAGGUUCAUGUUCCUCCAGGCAGUAAGGUGGAGUUUGAGCUGCACUAUCAGGAAAUGAUGCAGCGCAAACUGGGAACAUACACACACACUCUGCACAUACAGCCAGGACGCCUGGUACCACAGUUGCAGGUGGAUGUGUAUAUCUUUGAGCCCAAAGGCAUCAAGUUUGUGAAGACACCAAGCACGCUGGGAGAACAUUUCGCAGGCCUGACUAAGGUCACCCAGACUAAAGAGAAAGCCCACGUGGUGUUUAAGCCCACCCUGCAGCAACAACGCAAAUGUGAUAACUGCACAGAGAGUGCAGUGGACGGUGCUUUUACUGUCCAAUACGAUGUGGAGAGAGAAACCAAUGCUGGAGAACUGCAGGUGUCUGAUGGUCACUUUGUUCAGUUCUUCGCUCCAUCUGAUCUCACGCCCCUCUCCAAAAACAUUGUGUUCGUAAUUGAUGUGAGCGGCAGCAUGUGGGGGCUGAAGAUGAAGCAGACUGUUGAGGCCAUGAAGACCAUCCUGGAUGAUCUGACCAUGGAUGACUAUUUUAGCGUCAUCGACUUCAAUCAUAAUAUUCGCUGCUGGAGUGAGGAGCUUGUACCAGGGACAUCCAUAAAUGUUAGAGAGGCCAAAAAAUACAUCCAGAACAUUAAACCCAAUGGAGGCACUAACAUCAAUGAGGCUCUCCUAAAGGCAGUGAGAAUCCUGUUGAAAGCACUGGAUCAGGGCCUGAUUGACCAGCGCUCUGUUUCUAUGAUCAUCCUGGUGUCCGAUGGAGACCCCACAGUGGGAGAGAUAAAGCUGAGUGCCAUUCAGAAGAAUGUGAAGCGUGAGAUGCGUGAGGAAAUCUCUCUCUUCUCUCUCGGCAUCGGGUUUGAUGUGGAUUUUGACUUUUUGGAACGCAUUGCCAUGGAGAACAGGGGCUUGGCACAGAGGAUUUUUGCCAAUCAUGAUGCUUCAGAGCAGUUGAAGCUGUUCUACAGCCGCGUGUCUUCUCCUCUCCUGAGGAAGAUCACCAUCCAGUUCCCCGAGGACUCUGUGAGUGAUGUCACUCGGAAUCAUUUUGAUAAGUUCUUCAGUGGCUCGGAGCUGGUAGUGGCCGGCAAAGUGAAGAGUGUGGGGUCCAACAUGCUACAGAGCUUCACCACUGCAUCUGCUGCCACCAUGGAUCUGACCCUUGUUACAGAGGCGGACCUUCAAGAGUUGGACACACUGCUUAGCCAACAGCAGCACUCCUUUGCUGGCUUCGCUUCUCGGAUGUGGGCUUACAUAACUAUCAAUCAGCUGCUUGCUGAGCGUUCUUUGGCCCCAACUGCAGCAAAGAAGCGUAAGAUAACACAACGGAUCAUGACCUUGGCUGUGGAGCAUCAGUUUGUCACACCGCUGACCGCCAUGCUGGUGGAGAGUCAGGACGGUCCUGAGAGGCUUCUAGCAGAUUCUCCCAAAGACCCAAAACAGGGCUGCUGCCCUGGAAUAGGUCCAGCUGCUAGAACAAAUGUGCACUUUGUCAGCAGUAAACCUCCAUCCCAACCCCCCUGGUUUGACUACACUACUACUACUCAGGGACCGAGCCAGGCAAAAGCACCACACGUCACUGUUGUGGAGAAUGACCCUCACUUCAUAGUGCACCUGCCUAAGAACAACAUGGAUGUGUGUUUUAACAUUGACUCCAAGCCGGGACACAUCCUGAACCUAGUGUCGGACCCUGGAACAGGAAUUGUUAUCAAUGGCCAAUUAGUUGGUGGCAAGAAGAUGAAGAACAAUAAGCUGAACACAUACUUUGGCACCAUCUCCAUAUACUCUGAAGAUGCAGGGGUGAAGGUGGUGGUGAGGCCCAGCAGUAUUGAUCUGAUGGAGGGCAAAAACAAUCACUCUUUCUCCUGGGCAGCCACGGCCAAGCUUAAUCUUAACAGGGUGAAGGUGGCCAUAGAAAAGGAGCAUAAGAUCACAGUGACGAUUGAUGACAAGAUCUCAGCGAUGGUGCUUUUGCAUCGUGUGUGGAAAAAGCAUCCGUUUAAUGUGGACUUCCUGGGCUUCUACACACCCAACGAUAACCAGUACUCCUCUCAGGUCCACGGCCUCAUUGGGCAGUUUGUAAAUGAGCCUGAGGUGAAGGUGUUUGACAUGCAUGAAGGAACGGAGCCAGAGAAGAAACAGGCCACCAUGGAAGUGAAGGGCAAUAAGCUCACAGUAACCAGGGGCUGGCAGAAAGACUACCGUAACGAUAAGAAGCACGGCUCAGAUGUUUAUUGCUGGUUUGUCCAUAACAGUGGCAAAGGCUUCAUAGACGGCCACUACAGCAACUACAUCGUCCCUGACCUCAACAGCUUCCUCCCCUCUCUCUGAGCGUGUGUAUGUGUGUGUCUGUGUUUGUUGUAUGUUUGUUGGAACAAAAGAGAAGGGGGUUGCUAGAAUUCUGAUAUUCUAAACAGGAGAAGAAGCUGUUAAUCUAUACAAAAGAUUUUAUUUAAAAAAAUGUAUGGAAACAAGACUGGAUGCCAACAAGAAUGGGUGGUGCUUUAUAUACCAAUUACCAGUAAAAUUAAUUGAAUCUAAUUAAAAGUGUACACUGCUCAAA